AUGAGGUUAGAGGAGGAGCAGAUGAGGUUAGAGGAGGAGCAGAGGAGGUUAGAGGAGGAGCAGAUGAGGUUAGAGGAGGAGCAGAUGAGGUUAGAGGAGGAGCAGAGGAGGGUUAAGGAGACAGAUGAGGUUAGAGGAGGAGCAGAGAGGUUAGAGGAGCAGCAGGAGGUUAGAGGAGGAGCAGAUGAGGUUAGAGAGGUUAGAGGAGUUAGAGAGCGAGCAGAUGAGGUUAGAGGAGCAGCAGAUGAGAGGUUAGAGGUUAGAGGAGAGCAGCAUGAGGUUAGAGGAGAGCAGAUGAGGUUAGAGGAGGAGCAGAUGAGGUUAGAGGAGGAGCAGAUGAGGUUAGAGGGGGAGCAGAGGAGGUUAGAGGAGGAGCAGAGGAGGUUAGAGGAGGAGCAGAGGAGGUUAGAGGAGGAGCAGAGGAGGUUAGAGGAGGAGCAGAGGUGGUUAGAGGAGGAGCAGAGGUGGUUAGAGGAGGAGCAGAUGAGGUUAGAGGAGCAGCAGAUGAGGUUAGAGGAGCAGAGCAGAUGA